CCGGUUCAAAGGUCAUACUUGUGUAGUACGAUCUAACUCCAGCAGUGAAUCAUGAUCAACAAGGAUCUAUUCAUAUGAUGUAAAGCUGACUAGCUUGACUAUAAAAAGAACAUACUUUUGGAAUUUUCGUUACACUACACAAGGCUGUUUCUAUUGCUUUCAUGUGGAUAGUUGCAGUAAUUUAAGUUAUGGCCACACUAUUGCAGGCUUGCAAAGCCCAUCAAGAAAAAAUAAUCCAGAAUAAUCACAAUUCUUCUACCAAUAGUUUAAUUGAUGAUAAUGACAUUGGUAAUGAAACAGACCGACGGAUUGAUCCACCAACAAAUGGCCAGAUGUGUAAAGAUGUUGUUACCGAAGAUAUGGUGCGCAGGAAAGCUUUCCGCUGGUGCCAAGACUCAAUUGGUGGUGCUUGGCUGCAGCUGUCUUCACAGGAGGAUAUAAUAAUUGAACCAAUUGGAGGUGGGAUGUCAAAUUACCUGUAUCUAAUUUCACUGCCUGGUGGGACCAAGACUCUCCGUGGCGAGCCCUCUCAAGUUUUGUUAAGGAUAUAUGGACAGAUUAGCAAAUCAACUCUAGACUUUUUGGUGCACAACUCGGUAGUCUUUGCCUUGCUUGCUGAAAGAAAACUAGGACCAAAGCCAUAUGGAAUGUACCAUGAUGGGCGAAUAGAAGAAUUUAUCAAGGCCAGGCCCCUGAAGCCAGAAGAUCUGUGCCAGCCUGAGGUUAUGGUUAUGGUGGCUGAAAAGUUAGCUCAGUUUCAUGACCUGGAUAUGCCUCUAUGUAAAAAGCCACGCUGGUUUAAGAGUCUGGUCCGUGGAUGGAUCAGAGAUGUACAAAAUAAUUUUGAUUCCAACAGUGAUAUAAUGGCACACCUGCUUGAGAUGUGCCCGUCGUUUGACAUGGAUACUGAAUUUAAUGAGCUACUAAAAGCUGCAAAUGAUCUAAACUGUCCUAUUGUGUUUUGUCAUAAUGAUUUACAAGGAGGAAAUAUACUGUUAGCUGACAAAGCAACAGUGGGUACUCCAAAAAUGACCAUCAUUGACUGGGAGUAUGGACAUUAUAAUUACAGAGGUUUUGAUCUAGGCAAUCACUUCAAUGAAUGGAUGUUUGAUUACUCUAUGACAGAACAGCCUGGGUUUAAAUAUGUGCCUAACAGUUACCCAUCAAAGGAAAUGCAGUACAAAUUUUUCCGGUGUUACCUGCGUGCUUCUGGGAAAGGGGAAUUCACAAACACAGAUUUGGCCAAGUUGUACAAAGAGACCAACACACUAACACUGCAUUCCCACUUUGCCUGGGGAGUCUGGGCCAUGGUGCAAGCCCAGACAUCCAGCAUAGACUUCAACUACACUAAAAAUACUCCACCAAUAGAUUAUACUGCCUAUGCGCGUACUAGAUUUGAAUCCUACUUCAAGUUGAAAAAGAAUUUACCCCAGAUGCUUGCUGAGGUGGAUUGCUAACAAGGAAGUGUAUACAGCUGUGCAGGGGCUACGAGUGCAGGUGUUGCCAGUGCAGGUGCUGCUAUUGCAGGUGCUAUAGCACAGGUGCUUACAGUACAUGUCUUGUUAAUACACCACAAUAAAUCUGACUUAAGCAUAAUACCUCUGACAAGUUCUCAUCUACUAACUUGCCAAAAAAAAAGUUAAAAAUAGCUCUUGAUUUUUUAAAUAAUACUU